AUGAGCUUAUUCUUGGAGCAUCAAAAAACCCAUGUCAAAAAUGUUCUUGCCAGUCUUAUCCAAUUUUCUAAGGAAGUUGAUCAUCAUCACGACUCACCGCCAUCGCAACUGAUUGGAUUCAUGUUCGACAUUGCGUGUUCAUCCAUGAUAGACAUGGCUUAUGAAUUUGGUGUUCCUACAUAUAUGUUUUCCACGAUGAGUUUAGGGUUCAUAAAGCUUUUGUUCCACCUCCAAACGCUUCAUGAUGAGCAUAACAUAGACUUAACCGAGUUGACGAAUGACUCAGAAGUUGAGUUAGUCUUGCCGAGUUUUGCCAACGUUGUUCCUAGUAGUGUCUUGCCUAUUUUUGUUACGGACCACGUUGUGUUCUCCUUCUUUCUCAAUCAACUGAGAAAUAUUGGAGAAUUAGCAAAAGGUUUUAUUAUAAACACUUCCAUCGAGUUGGAAUCACAUGUGAUCAGCUCUAUGUUUAAUGCUAGUUUGCCUACCAUUUAUCUUGUGGGACCCAUACUAAAUGUGGUGAGUGAUGAUGAUGACAACAACGACAGGGAAUUGAUCAAGUGGCUUGAUGAUCAGCCCACAUCAUCUACAGUGUUCCUAUGCUUCAGGAACAUGGGGGCUUCAAUGAGGCUGAAGUAA